UUCAAAGGAUUAUUAUCUGAAUUUGUUAUCUUUUCCAUCUCCAUAUUUGUUUACUUUUUUUGUAAGAAAACUGGUUUGCUUCUUAACUCUCCAAAAUAAAGACGUUACUUUGUUGAGCCUGAAUGUGAUGUUUCUUUUCCAACUCUUUCUGUUUUUCUCCCUUCAAAAGCUCUUUUUUUUUCUUGUCAAAAGUUAUGCCAAAACAAACUGACAUCAAUAUUCGAGCUAGCUGCAAGGUUUCGUAGCUUUCGUGUAUAAUAUAUUUCACUCAUCCUUUUGCAAAAGCAAAAGGAAUAAAUUAAGAAAAAAGGGGCUAUUCUACAAUGUACUUCUUUUGUCUGUUUCUUUAUCUGCUUCUUCAGCUUUUUAUUUCAUGGCCAAUAAAUUAAUCUCUCUAUUCUCUCUCAUUUCAUUCUCAAAAGAUGGAUUUUUUCAGUUUUCCUUCCUUCCCCCAUCUUCCUUUCGUUGUCGAAUUUAACGUUUUUGCAUGCUUUCUCGUUUCCUGUAACACGUGAUUGAUUCUCCUUAUUCCCAGAGAGAUUCCUUGCAUGAAGUGACCUCCUAGGGGCAGAGCAAUGCUGUGAAAAAUGUGAAGUGGGUUUGAACCUAGUGGAGUGGUCAUCAGGCAGACAGAAUCAGAAGGUUUGAGGGGUUUUAGUUGUAGGCCCCUCUUGAUCAUUACUGGAUGCUGUUAGCCUGAAAGAGCUUAUCAUAGCAUCAGUUGGUAAUGAGAACGUUUUCCCUCAUUCAUUGUGGGUCAGGGAGCAUUCAAGCAGCGAGGCCCAAAUUAUUAAACUGGUUUCUCUUUACUGGACAAGAGGCAAUUAAGCCAUGCAGACACCAAAGACAAGAAGUGGAUCCUCUGAGGUGCCUCAGAAGGUGUCUCCUCGUGCUGUGCGCCAACUAAGGCCUACUACUGUGGAAACUGAUUCCGUAUCUUCUUCAAGUCAGGCUAAUAAAUCAUCAAAGGAGAGAAGCCCCAAAGUCACUGAUCGCAGAUCACCCAGAAGCCCAGUUGUUGAGAGGAAGCGCCCCAGCAAAAUAUCUGAAUUGGAAUCUCAAAUUUCUCAACUCCAAAAUGAUUUGAAGAAGGUGAUGGAUCAGCUUGUUUUGUCUGAAUCAAGCAAGAGGCAAGCGCAGCAAGAUGCCCUGGAGUCCAAGGAGCAACUAUUAGCUCUAUCUGCAAAAUUUGAAGACUCACAAAAACACGUUUUGGAUCUUUGUGCUGCUGGGGAAGGUCGUGUUCUUGAGCUGCAGAAAAUCAUAGAUGAGCGUGAUAUGGCAUGCCAAUCUGAACUUGAGGCCUCCAAAAAGCAGCUCUCAGUUGAGUCUGCUGCCUUGGCCUCUGCAAUGAAUGAAAUUCAGAUGCUGAAGACCGAACUUGAAUUGGUAGCCAAUUGUGAGAGUGUACAAUCUCAACAGGCAAAAUCAGCAGACAUGGAGCUACUAAACCUGAAGCAGAACUUGUCUGAAGCUCUUUCUCUUGUGGACACCAUGAAAAACCAACUAAGGGAUUACAAAGAAUCUGAAGCUCAGGCCCAAGCAUUGGUCAAUGAAACCAUGUUGCAACAUGAGGCUGCAAAAAAAUCUAUUGAGAUCCUAAGAGCAGAUGUUGCAAAAGCUGUUGAUGCCUACAACACUAUUGCUUUGGAGUUGGACCAGUCCAAAGCACGGGUAAGCUCACUAGAGGCCCUUGUUAGCAAGCUUCAGACAGAUCCCAUCAGUAGCAAAUUUGAACACCAACCUGAAAUAUGGAUAGAGGGAGAGGGUUCUGAUGAUCUAGAAGCAGAAGUUGUUUCUUUGAAGUCUGAGGUUGGACGCCUGCAAUAUGCUGUAGAGACUGCUGAGACUAAAUACCAAGAAGAAAAGAUUCAAAGCACAGUGCAGAUCAGGAGUGCAUAUGAGCUGGUGGAGCAGAUAAAAUCUGAAACUGGUAAGAGGGAAGGUGAGCUAGAGGCCGAGUUGAAAAGGAAGAAAGCUGACAUUGAAGAGUUGAAGGCUAACCUAAUGGAUAAGGAAACUGAAUUACAAGGCAUUGUGGAGGAGAAUGACAACUUGAACACCAAGCUCCAAGAGAGCAUGUCAUCUAAAAAUGAGCAUGAACUCAAAAGGGAAACUAAAAGACUAGAAGAAUGUGUGGCUGAACUGAAGUCAGACAUGAUGGACAAGGAGACAACACUGCAAAGCAUAUCUGAGGAGAAUGAAAUGCUGAAGAUGGAAAUCAACAAGCUCUCAGAUGGUGGCAAAGUGAGUGAGGAAGUUGCAGCUGAGGUAGAGGGAGCUAAGGCUGCAGAACGAGAAGCUCUGAUGAAACUUGGGAUUGUGAUGGAGGAAGCAGAUAGGAGCAACAAGAAGGCUGCAAGAGUGGCUGAGCAGCUAGAAGCAGCACAAGCAGCAAAUCUAGAAAUGGAAGCAGAACUGAGAAGACUAAAGGUGCAGUCUGAUCAGUGGAGGAAGGCUGCAGAGGCAGCUGCUGCUAUGCUUUCAUCAGGAAACAAUGGGAAACUCACAGAGAGAACUGUGUCUCUGGAUAACAACUACAAGUGCUCACCCUAUGCUGAAGACAUGGAUGAUGAUUUCCAGAGAAAGAAAAAUGGCAACAUGCUGAAGAAGUUUGGGGUCUUGUGGAAGAAGCCUCAAAAAUAGUGAGUGUCUGAUUUUAUGUAUGUUAUGUUCUGAAAUUUUAGUUGAAUAAUAGUGUGUUCAUGUGAUGUUUAUUUAUGUCUUUUUCAAUUUUGUCUCAUCCUUACCUUCCAAUCUGCAUUGUAAAUCCUUCUCCAUCCUAAACUGUUUGUGAACUGUACUUCAAAUGCUGGUGUUUAGUUAUUGAAUACAUUAAGCUUCACAUGAUGCACAUAA